AUGUACCCGUACAAAGUCCAGUCCGUGCAUCACCUGCUGCCUGUCGACCGCCAAACGCGUGUAACCUACGCCCAAGCCAUCCUCAAUCUCGAGGACGAAGUGGACGAUUUUUCGACCAAAAUCAUAAUGAGCGAUGAGGCUCAUUUCCACCUCAACGGGUACGUGAACAAGCAAAACUAUCGCUUCUGGGGCACCGAAAAUCCACGAGUGAUGCACGAAGAGCCAUUACACCCACUCAAAGUGACUGCAUGGUGCGCUGUUCACGCUGGAGGAGUCAUCGGGCCAUUUUUUUUCGAGGACGCCGCUGGUCAAACGACAACAGUGGACGGUGCGCGCUAUAGGGCCAUGUUAACAGAGUUUUUUCUGCUGCAAUUGAACGAAUUAGGACUGGAGGACAUGUGGUUCCAACAGGAUGGAGCAACGGCACACACUGCGCGAGCCACAACCGAUAUUCUAAAGACGGCGUUCCCGGGUCGCCUCAUCUCUCGUUUUGGCGAUUUGCACUGGCCCGCAAGAUCGCCCGAUUUAACCGUUCCAGACUUUUUUUUGUGGGGUUUUUUGAAGUCCCGUGUUUACGUGAACAAGCCCGAGACCCUGGAAGCCCUCAAGGACAAUAUUAGACACGAGUGCAAGAAUCUGUCGCCCGAAGUUCUCGCCGAAGUGAUGAAAAAUGCCAUAAAACGAGCCCGUAUAGCAAUCAAUUGUGGCGGCGCCCAUUUGGCCGAUAUCAUCUUUUCGACUUGA